AUGCAUAGACUACUGCCAUUCAUCCUGUCAGGGGCGGUCAAAGCCGCCACUAUUCACAUUCCCCUCGUCAAACGAGCCGAGUGCGGGCCCGGAAUCGGUUCCUGCGCUCCGGGACAGUGUUGCUCAGAGGCCGGCUGGUGUGGAACGACGGCAGAUUACUGCGGCGGAUCGCAGUGCCAGCUUGAGUUCAGCGACUCUUGCGACACCUUCUUUCCACCGCCGGGCGCUAGUACGGAGAGUAUCGCCCGUCCCCUCGUGGGCUCCGUACCUUAUGGCUCAAUAAUUACCACCUGCGCCGUGCCCGGUACCUUGGCAUUGACGUUCGACGACGGCCCAUACAUCUAUACAUCGCAAUUGCUCGACAUCCUUGAGGCACAGAAUGUCACCGCCACCUUCUUCGUCGCCGGGAACAACAAGGGCAAGCUGCGGAUGGACAACCCGGAUACUGCUUGGCCGGCCGUCAUGCGCCGGAUGCACGCUGCUGGCCACCACAUUGCGAGCCAUACCUGGAGCCAUCGCAACUUGAAUCUGGUCAACAGCACCAUUCAGAGGACUGAAAUCAUUUACAACGAAAUGUCAUUCCGGAACCUCUUCGGCUGGAUCCCUACCUACAUGCGUCCGCCUUACCUCGAAUGCGACGCGGGCUCUGGCUGCCAGAACCUGCUCAAGACGCUCGGCUACCACAUCAUCAAUGUUAACAUCGAUACCAAGGACUAUAUGUAUGAUUCUUCCGAGACAAUCCAGACCGCUAAAGACCGCUUCUCUAGCGGGAUCUCGACGAAUGCGGCUGCCAAUAGCUACAUCGAGCUGUCCCACGACGUCCACUAUCAGACCGUGUCCAACCUGACCCAGUUUAUGAUUGACACAGCAAAGGCACGCGGAUACCGUCUUGUGACCGUGGGCGAGUGUCUCAAUGAUCCCAAGGAGAACUGGUACCGGCCUGCCGGUGGUGCCAUUAGCUCCAGCAUCGCGCCCCAGUCCACGAGUACGAGGACAACAACUUCCGUGCCCAUGCGUAGCACGACCUUGACUACCUCCACCUCAUCCAGACCCCCUGCAUCCACGGCCAAAGUCUCGCCGGACCAAACCUGCGGUGGAACCGCUGGUUACACGUGUCUUGACUCGGCGUUUGGCAACUGCUGCUCACCAUAUGGGUUCUGCCAGGCUUUGGUUCUUGUGCGCCACAAGCUUCAGGCGUGA